AUGUUAGGAAGAUUAUUUAAACAAAGUACCCCAACUUCUCAACCACCAUCAAAUUCACUUCAGCAUCAUAACCAACACCAACUGCAAAACCAACAAUUUCAAUAUAAUCAUCCCCAACAACUACAAUCACCAAAUAAACCAACAUCACCUCAAGGAUUAGCAAAUUCUUAUGAAGAUGCAUAUACUAGAGAAAUCCUUUAUGGAACUCAUAAUGCAAAUCAAUUAAAACCCUUUCAAUUCAACAGCAAAUUAUUUAGAAUUAUAAUAUCUCAAGAUGGUGGUAACUUACGUUCAAAACAGGUUUUGUUCGAUAGUGCCAGUGAAUUAACAUCUUCAGAUUUUAAAUCAAGCAAUAAUCAAUCACCUUCACAGCAACAGCAACCAGUUCAGGAUUCAUCAAAUUUUAAGAAAUCUUCUAAAACAAUGAUGACAUCAAAGAUUUAUCAUAACGCAUCACAGUUAAAUGACUUUAUGUUUGGAUGUGGAUUACCAUCAAAUGAAAAUCAAUCAACUACAAAAAUACAUACUUUACCUCCAUUAUCAAAUUCAAUUUAUGGUCCUUAUUCUGCUGUACUAAUAACGAGAUUGUUUUCUAUUAGUGAUGGGGAAUUUACAGAAUUACCGUCAUUACCGAAUCAGAAUCCUAAUGAAUGGCAACCACACCCUGCUUUAAGAGUGAAAGAAUCAAGCAUACGAAAAGUGUCUAUUAAAGACGAUGAUACCACGAAGAAUAAUCAUGUUAAUAGUCGAUUUGCCAUUGGUGUGGUUAUUCCGUUGGAAUCUUUAUCCUCAAUGCAUGAUGUAAUUUUCAAUAACUGGCAUGAAAUAACUCAUUUUAUGAUUUUACUACAGAAACUCAUAUACAAGAAACUACUAAUGCAUUUAAAUUCUGGACUUAAUUAUGAUACAAAUAAUAAUUUCACUGGAUGCCAGUAUUUGAUUAAAAGAAGAAUACAGUUUCCAAAUUUCAUUCUACAAGGAGAUUUUGAAAUCAAUCCACAAGUUAUGAAAUUGAUUAAAACAGUUCAUUAUAAUCAUAAUAUUCCAAAACUAAUAAAUUCCAAUACGUUGAUGAAAUCAUCGGCAGAAAAUGAAACAUUUCAAUAUAAUCCAAUGUUGAUUAAUUGGGUAUUAGAAUUAUUAAAUUGGUUAGAAUUUAAGGAUGGGAAAUAUUCUGAUUAUUCAACUUCAUUUUUAGCUAGUUUAUUUGCCAUAUUGAUAAAGUUUCGUAAGCUGUUGAGUAACAAACCAUUUUCCAAUGCUUGUCAGAAAUCAAAGGAAGUUACUAGAGUUGUAGUCAUGACAGGGAAUCCAAUAGUUGCAAAAAAAUUGAUUUUCAUUCUUAAUGGAUUAAUUCCGAAUCUGAGAUAUGUUAAAAUAUCGGAAGCUGAAAGUUUUGGUCACCCUGAUUCUAAAGACAAUAACAAUAAUGAGGAUGGUGAAACUGGAAAACCUACUGAGAAUAAUAACAAUAAUACAUGCAACACACAGCCAAUACCUAUACAGCAUAAUCAUGGUCAGUCACGUUCUGGGGAAUCUUCAUCAGAUAAUUCAUUAGCUAAAUCUGUUACUUCGAUGAAAGGAUGGGAAAUACCUACUAAAUGCUCAACUUCAAUUACUGUGAACCUUACAAUGUUGCAACCACACAUGCAAUGA